AUGGCAUCUACCAAAACCGGAUUGGUACUAAUACAUCCUGGUGCUACUGAAGACCCCUCCAGUGUCGUGAACGCACAGGAGCAGGCACGCUCUGAGGGAGUUUCUGUCGAAGCACAGUUUCUAAUCAAUAAGAUCAACGAUGGAUCUGUUAAACUAGAAGAUAAUCACUAUGAUGAAGUGCGAUACGUAACUCCAGAAGCCUCGGAUGAAAUACGAUUCCCAUCCAAGCUUAUUGGUGUUAUUGGUAAAUCUUUGAAGACUAAUGGGAAACUCUACGGGCUAAGUGAUCUCUACAAACUAGAUGCUCUGAUUAAUGAAUUCGAGAUCAGCAGGUCUGAAAACCACUACUGUUGGAUCAAGAAGGCCAGUAUAAAGGCCGAACCUGUGGCAGUCCCAUUACGUAAUCACAAGAAGACGACGACGCCCGGAACGACAACGACAGCCAAGAAGUCUCUACCCAUUUUCAAAAGAGCUACAGAUAAUGACAGUACUAAGAAUAAACAGCAGAAGCAGCAGCAUACGGGGCCUGCCCGUGUAUCGUUGGAUUCUGAAGACGAAGACGAAGAGUCCGAAGGUUCUUCUGACCCAAGUGACUCAAAAUCCAAGUUUUUCGAAAAGUCUGGUUCACCACUUACAGAGAACGACUCUAUUGAAGAGGAUGAGCUAGUCGAUGAAAACGAGAUGCGUGAGCCCUCACUGACGAUGAUAACUUGUGGUAAAAGCAAGACCCGUCGCAGAAAGGCCUGUAAGGACUGUACCUGUGGGCAAAAAGAAAUAGAAGAGGAAGAACUUGACGGUGUUCGCAAGCAGCAAGACAAAGUUGUUAAAUUCUCCGAUCAAGAGCUUACAGAGAUUGAUUUUACUGUUCAGGGGAAAAAAGUCGGUGGUUGCGGAUCAUGCACCCUGGGUGAUGCAUUCAGGUGCUCUGGUUGCCCCUACUUGGGUCUGCCUGCCUUCAAACCGGGUCAGCAGAUUGAUCUAUCGUCCAUGGGGGACGAUUUGUAG